UUGUGGAGUGUAACACAGGGUGGUCGGAGGUCGAAGGACAGUCUGGUUUAGCGCUCAUCAUCCUCACCCAGCUCAUUCACAGAUCGGGGAAUAUACCGAGGGACGCAUCCUCAGUCAAAGACCGAGAGACGCACUUGGACCGGGCUCAGAGUAAGUGCAGAGCGCACGGACUGCACACUGGAGCAGAGAGAAACCUCUUCUGUGGCUUCUGACAGACCAAGAGUUGAUAUGAAAAAUGUUAUCUGGUCACUAGUACCCUAAGCCACAGAUCACCAUCUUACGGAUAUUGGAAUUACAAUCAAAUUUAAUGAAGAGGAAAAAAACUGCACCCUAAAACAAAUUAAAAGUCGUGUAUUCAAGGGAGAGCAUUCCAUUCACAAGCAAUUGGAUGAGAGUCUUAUUUGCCCUCGGCAACUAAAGAUGAUGUUUCUAUGGAAACAAAUUGUUCUGCUAUCAAUCACUGGAUGCCUUGCAGCCUGCACAGAGGAUGUCAUAUUUCGAGGGCCAAGAUGGAGGACAGAGCCCAGUGACCUCAUUUUACCGAUCAACUCCCUAGACCAGCAAGCUACCAUUAGAUGUGAGGCAGAGGGGAGCCCUUCUCCACAGUACAGAUGGUCACUAAACGGAACACUCAUUGAUCUGGGGAAUGACUACCGGCGUCACAUGUCUGGGGGCAACCUGAUCAUUAGCAGUCUGGACAGGGACCAAGACACAGGGAUAUACCAAUGCACGGCCUUCAACACGUGGGGGUCCAUCCUCAGUCGCAGAGCCAGCCUCCAGUUUGCAUACCUUGAUAACUUCAAAACCCAAACUGUGAGGAGUGCUGUCAACGUGCGGGAGGGCCAAGGAGUGGUUUUGUUAUGUGGGCCACCAAUGCAUUCUGGAGAGCUGACAUUUGCAUGGAUCUUCAAUGAAUACCCAUACUUUGUCCAGCAAGACACUCGCCGGUUUGUCUCCCAAGAGACAGGGAGUUUGUACAUCGCCAAAGUGGAGCCAUCAGAUGUUGGCAAUUACACCUGUGUGGUCAACAACACUAUCACCAGGGAGAAGGUCCUCAGCUCUCCCACUCCACUGGUCCUCAGGAGUGAUGGAGUAAUGGGUGAAUAUGAACCCAAAAUAGAAGUUCACUUCCCAGAUUCAGUUCCAGCUGCAAAGGGAUCAGUGGUGAAACUGGAAUGUUUUGCUUUGGGAAACCCUGUCCCAGAAAUAAGCUGGAGGAGAACCAGUGGUGUCCCUUUCCCCAGCAAAGUCAAAAUGAAGAACUCAAAUGCUGUCCUUGAAAUCCCUAAUUUCCAGCAAGAAGAUGCAGGAACCUACGAGUGUGUGGCAGAGAAUAGCCGAGGCAAAAACACUGCACGAGGUCGCAUUUCCUUCCAUGCAAAACCUCAUUGGCUCCAGACAAUGACGGACUCAGCUCUGUCCAUUGAGGAAAACCUCUUCUGGGAGUGCAAAGCCAAUGGAAAGCCUAAACCAUCUUACAGCUGGCUGAAGAAUGGCGAGAAUAUCAUGUCUGAGGGUCGGAUACAAAUCGAAAAUGGGGCCCUCUCUAUAGCUGCGUUAAACCUGUCAGAUGCUGGGAUGUAUCAGUGUGUGGCAGAAAACAAACAUGGCAUUAUUUAUUCCAGCGCCGAACUAAUGGUGUUAGCUUCACCUCCCAGUUUCUCCAAAAGUCCGUUAAGGGCCUUGCUAAAAGCUCGCUCAGGCAGCGAAGUCACUCUUGAGUGCAAGCCCCAGGCCUCGCCCCCAGCAAUUAGCCUGUGGAAGAAAGGGAAUGAGAUCCUGCAGAGAACUGAGAGGAUUAGCCUGCUUCCCAACGGGACGCUGAAGAUUGCCAAUGUAACCAGGCGGGAUGCAGCCAGCUACACAUGCAUUGCUAAGAAUCAGUUUGGAACCGCAAGCACAACUGGGAGGCUGCUUAUCACUGAGCCCACCAGAAUCACCCUGAGGCCCACUAACAUGGAGAUUAUUGUUGGCGAGAGCAUCGUGUUGCCCUGCCAGAUUGCCUGCGAUCCAGCUCUGGAUGUCUCUUUCUCCUGGGCGUUCAACGGCCAGCUCAUCGACUUCCAGCGUGACGGCGAUCAUUUUGAGAGAGUGGGCGGGAGUAUAUCAGGAGAUCUAAUGAUUCGUAACAUCCAGCUGAACCAUGGGGGGAAGUAUGUCUGUGUUAUCGACACCGAUGUGGAGAGCCUGUCUACGUCUGCCAUCUUGGUUGUCAAAGGUCCCCCCGGUCCUCCUGACAAGGUAGCAGUGGAGGAGAUCACAGACAGCACAGCCCAGCUCUCCUGGACCCCCGGCAGAGACAACGGCAGCCCCAUCACUGGCUUCAUCAUCCAGGCCAGAACCCCCUUUACUGUGGGCUGGCAAGCUGUCGACACAGUGCCUGAGGUGAUAAAUGGAAACAUGCUGACAGCCACAGUGGUGGGUCUGAAUGCCUGGGUGGAGUAUGAGUUCAGGGUGGUGGCCCGCAAUAGUGUCGGCAUGGGAGAGCCCAGCCCGGCCUCAGCCAAGACCAGGACAGAGGAUGCCAUUCCUGAUACAGCUCCCACUGAUGUUGGAGGUGGAGGCGGCACAAAGUCUGAAUUAGUGAUAACAUGGGAGCCUGUGCCUGAGGAACUGCAGAAUGGAGAAGGUUUUGGCUACAUCAUCGCCUUCAGGCCAGUGGGCACCGUCACUUGGACACGAGCUGUAAUCUCCACUCCUGGGGUGGCACGUUACGUCUUCCGCAAUGACACCAUCCCACCCUUCGCACCUUUUGACGUGAAAGUCGGGGCAUACAAUAACCGAGGGGAGGGGCCCUUCAGUUCAAUUGCCACUGUGUACUCAGCAGAGGAAGUCCCCAGUGUGGCUCCUAAGAGGGUUAGGGCUAGAAGUGUGUCUGCAGCUCAAAUUGAAGUGAUCUGGGAAGCUCUCCCUACCAUCCCUGAAAGAGUUCUCGGAUAUGAGGUAGUGUACUGGGAAGACGACACCAAGCCUGACACUGUUGGCAAAGUAAGAAUAACUGGAAACUACACACUGGUGAAUGUCACAGGGCUGGAUGCGAACACACCGUACUACCUCGCCGUGGCUGCUUUUAACACCGCCGGCUCUGGGCCUCAGUCGGCACCUAUCAACACCACCACCAAGAAGCCACCACCGGGACAACCUCCACUCAAUGUAGAAUGGACCAUGAUUGGCUCCACCCUCACCCUACACUGGGAUCCUGUAGUUGCCAUGGAUACCGAGUCAGAGGUCACUGGAUAUAUGGUGCUGCUGAAGAGGCACCGCUACAAUGACGUCAACAUUAUCUUGACCAACAAAACCACCGUGGAGCUCAGCCUCUCUGCCAAUGACAACUAUCUCAUCCAGAUCAAGGCCCUGAGCGAGGGCGGUGAAGGUGUGGGCAGUGAACCCAUCCACAUCCAUAAAUUAAGCAUGGGAGCACGAGGCUCAGGAUCAGCUGGUCUCAGCCCGAUGUGCCUCUCUGCCGUCCUCAUCAGUGCACUGCUCUGCUCCUUCUGGUGA